AUGGGCUGCGGACCCAGCAAACACGCCUCCGCCUACCCACCGCCCAUGCGCCAGCGGAGGAAACAGUCGAGACGCGCACGGCGCAGGGCUGAAGCCGCUUAUGCUGGCUCCCACGGCGGUUACUUGGCCAACACGCCGGGCUACGGGGCGUUUGAUGCGGGUGCGGGCGCGUGUCAUGGAGGAGGGUAUGGCGGGCAUCACGGUGGGCACGGCGGGGGUGUCUUCGGAGGGGACGGCGGGGGUUUCUCCGGCGGUGGUGGUGAUGGAGGGGGCGGCGGUGGAGGAGGUGGUGGAGGGGGAGGCACCUGCUAG